GCCAAGGAAGGAGGCAGGGGAUUAGCAGAAGAUGGGGAUCUAGGGUUAUAACCAUUUGAGUUGGUCAGAAAAAGCGGAUUAAAAGGGGAACAUAACUCAGCGGCGGAUUGAAGCGGAGAAAGAAUCGUGUGCCGCGGGGUGGUCCUUCACCGAUCGGAGCAACAGAGGUCAAAAGGUGCGAAGCAAUUCCCGAUUUGAGGUGAACAGAAAAAGAAAAAUGGGGAGUUUGAGAAAAGCCUUAUUUACCGUUGAUCGGCUCCUGAAAUCAACGUCUCUCAUUCAAACAGAGGCCUCGAUCAGGCCUGUUUCGAAUUGUGGGAUUUACCGCUUUUAUUCAGAAAGUAUAGAUCUCGCCAAUGAAGAGAGCAAGAGACGGCUUUGUAACAGACUGAUAUACAGGAGCAAACAAAGAGGAUUUCUGGAAUUGGAUUUGGUUUUAGGAAAAUGGGUGGAGGAGAACAUUCAUUCUAUGGAUGAUAAUGGAAUCAAAGCUCUCUCCUAUGUCCUCAACCUGGACAACCCAGAUCUCUGGAAGUGGCUAACUGGUCAAGAGCAACCUCCUGAGGCAGUCAAAACGAAUCCUGUCUUUACGGCAGUGAGCGGCAAAGUUAUGAACAACCUUAAUGCCCAUGCUUCUCCUGAAACACGCGCAAAACCUGGACAGCCAUGGGUGAGAGGGUGGGACGACAUCAAGAGAGGUCGGGACAGCCCUAUAACUGGAAACCAGUAAUGCUAUCAUCAUCCCCCUUGCCUGGAUUUAUUACUUGUGUGCUUGUAAAAAUGUGCGAGAGAUGAUUGUUAUGGGUUAUUUUUCUUACUUGCCUCUACAAAAAGUGGUGGCCAAACUUCGUCUCCAUGCCCAUGUGCCGUUGCUCAUAUUGCUCUUUCCAAACUGUGUUAUAUUGCUGCCCAAAUUCUUCAUUCGACAUAACUGCAUCCUUUCUUGGGGGUGAAUAAGAUUCAAAGUACAAUACUCGUUAAUAUGACACCGAAAAGUAAAAUAAAAACAUGUAUAUGUUUAUAUU